AGAUGUCACUUGUCAGAGUGAACCGUUAUGGUACCCGAGGAGGAGGAAGGAAAGUGCUGAAAGUAAAGAAGAAGAAAACGUCAGUGAAGCAAGAAUGGGAUUUUAUUUUUAUUUUGAGAGAGAGCGAGCAUGCAGCAUGAGCGGGGGAGGGGCAGAGAGAGAGAAGGAGAGAGAGAACCACAAGUAGGCUCCUUGCUGUCAGCACAGAGCCUGACUCCGGGCUUGAACCCAUGAACUUUGACAUCGCGACCUGAGCCGAAACCAGGAGUCAGACACUCAACUGACUCAGAAUACUGUGAAUGAUCUUACAGUUCAUCGGGCAACUCCUGAGGAUCUGAUACGUCGUCAUGAAAUACACAAAUCAAAGAACAGAGCAUUAGUACACUGGGAACUGCAAGAAAAAGCUUUGAAGAGAAAAUGGAAGAAGCAGAAACCAGAAAUUUCUCAUCUUGAGAGAAGGAGAUUAUCUAUCAUGAGGGAGAUUCUUUCUGAUCAAUACCAGAUGCAGGAUGUUUUGGAAAAAUCUGAUCAUUUGAUGGCUGAAGCAAAAGAUCUAUUUGUUGAUUUUCCUCGUAGGCGCACAGGGUUUCCGAAUGUAACAGUGGCUCCUGAUUCCUCUCAGGGUCCCAUGGUGGUAAAUCAAGACCCUGUCACCCAGGCCAUUCUUAGUGAAUCUGUCAUAGAGCCUCAGGCUCUUAAUGAAGUAGAUGAUGAAGAAGAAGAAGGAACUGUUAACAGCCAGUCUGGAGAAAGUGAGAAUGAAUUGGAUAACUCUAUCAACUCUCUGUCAAAUACGAAUGUAGACAGGUUCCUCCACCAACUAAAGGAAGAUAAUUCUGACUUAAUUAAAAAAUUGUGGACUGAUAUUCAGCAGAAAAUAACAACACAGUCACAAGUAACAACCCUUCCAGAAACUCCAUCAUCUGCUCCUCCAUCAGGGGAACAAAACGGUUUGCUCCCCCAUUGUCUUACUUCUCCCAGAACAGUGACUUGUUUUACUGCUCUGAAUGCUACCAAUGCUGUCAAGAGAAUCCACACCAGGCUCCGAUCUGAAGAAUCUACUGAGACGCUAGACUCAAGCUAUGUUGUGGGACAAGUGCUGAACUCAAGGAAGCAAAAACAGUUGUUAAAUAAAGUGAAAGGAAAACUGGAUUCUCAUGCUCCUUCCAAGCAGAAAAAGAGCAUACUAACAGCUAGCACAGCCUCCACAGACUUACCAAAUAGCAAUAAUUCCAGCCUGGAUGUCCUCAAACACAUGAUAAAUGAAGUGGAACAUGAAAUGGAAGAAUAUGAACGGUGUACAGGACGUGAGGUCAAGGGACUGCAAAGUAGUCAGGGUCUCACAGGCUUCACUCUGUCUCUGGUGGGCUCCCUCUGUCGCCUGGUUCGGUACCUUAAAGAGAGUGAGCUCCAACUGCGUAAAGAGGUGGAGACAAGGCAGCAACUGGAACAAAUGUUAGGUGAUCAUCGAGAGCUCAUUGAUGCUCUUACAGCUGAAAUUCUUCUUCUCAGAGAAGAAAAUACCGCGACCCAGGCAAGGCUUCAGCAGUACAUGGUCACAACAGAUGAGCAACUUAUAUCGCUCACACAUGCCAUGAAGAACUGUCCUGUGAUAAAAAGCAAUGAAGAAAAUCAGGCAUCAGAAAGGGGAUCUACGAGUAGGAAAAUUAUAGACAGUCCAGAGGGCCCAGCUGUAAAUGCUGAUGUCUCUGUGCCGUUGGUGUUCCGAGGGGAAGAAGUGGCUGCAUUGGCACAGGAAGACUUGCCUGUUAAACUGUCUCAGGUGCCAGCCCCGCCGGGUAGUGCGAACGUGGCCACCAGUUUUCCGGCACAUGUAUUUGAGCCAGCUGUGUUGUUAACACCACCCAGGCAGAAGAGCAGCUCCGGAUUCUCUCCCUUGCAGGAAGUAUUGAGGAGGACUGUUCAAACUCGCCCUGCUCCACAAAUUCCUCCAACUGUGGAAAUAAUUGAGAAGGAACAAAAUUGGGAAAGGAAGACUUUACCUACUGGCACAGACAGUCAGAAUCCAAAUGAAGAAAGUCACCUCUUCACUCAGAGGUGGAGGGUCUCUCACAUGGGGGAAGAUCUGGAGAACAAAGUCCAGGCUCCUUUUGUUACCCUCUCACAGCCCUUCUAUAGUUCCCAUUCACACACUCAGCAGGCCAGAAACCCCAAGUUCUCAGAAGAGCCCCCGGUACUGGGAGAGGGGCAACAGCUUAGAGCAAAUGAGGCGUUAAUACAAAGAAAGGACAUCAUGGCCCGGAUCGCAGAGUUGACACUGCAGAACUCAGCUAUCAAAGCACAUCUGAAUAAUAUUAUUGGGCCAGGAGGAGAGCAAGGGGAUGGACUUCGGGAAUUAAACAAACAAGAGACCAGUCAUGCAAGCGACGUGGCUGCAACUUAUCCAACAACACAGCCUUUCACACCAAGUAGCAUGGAGGAACGGAUUGCAGAAUUGAAUCGGCAGAGUAUGGAGGCUCGUGGAAAACUCUUGCAGUUAAUAGAACAACAGAAACUUAUUGGUUUGAAUCUUUCUUCUCCACCAGUAUCACCUGUUCCAUCACCUCUCAGAGCAUGGACUGAAGGAGGAAAGAGGACAAUUGAAGUAUCCAUUCCAGGAGCAGAAGCCCCAGAAAGCUCAAAAUGCAGUACUAUCUCUCCUACCAGUGGGAUAAAUUCAAGAAGGUCUUCAGGGGCUACUAGUAAUUCUUGUUCUCCAUUAAACGCCACCUCAGGAAGUGGGCGAUUCACUCCUGUUAAUCCCAAGAGCAAAGGUAUGUGAUAAAAUGUAAUUGUGAAAUGUGUGUAAGGGUCAGGAGAGUGAGGGUGGAAGGUGGCCGAUUUGGUGAUUUCCAUUAUUAAUGUGACAUGAAAUUCUCAGAAGAAUUCCUAAUUAACCUUUGCUAAAAAAAAACGAAACACCCAUACAGUUUCUUUUGUGUUCUGGGGUAGCUAAGGAGCAAGGUGAAAUUCAAUAGGAUUUCAACAUAGACUGGAAAUUACUGGUUUCAGGCAGAGCAUUCCUACAUGGCAGGACACACAGGCGUGCCUUGAAGUAGUAGGUAUACCGAGAUAUUGGUUCCCUCAGUGCUUGCUGUGGCUGUGUGGGACUUGGGAUAGACAGAGCCCUGGGGCCACUUUCCUUGUCCCUUUACCCCAGUGUGCUGUAUCAGAGUGUGCCACUAGUUAGAGAGGUUACGGUGAAUCAAUGUUGUACAUAUUCCUCAUGUGUUCUGCUUUGUUCUAGAUUAGACCAAAUAAUGAAUGCUUCAGUAAACACUGAGUAUUUAUAGCCCAAAUUAAUCGAUAGGCUCAUAUCCCAGUUGCCUAGCACUAGAAGAUUUAUCCUUUAUUGUUUCCUGUAUCCUAAAAAAGUUAUAAAUUAUUUUAUUUAAUUUGCCCUUAGUUUCUGGAAUUUAGUAACAGAUUUAGUUUACUAAGAUCAAAUACCUUUGUUAUUUUAAGAAGUUGCACAUACAAGUUGUAUAAAACACUGGAUUUAUCCUUUAUUUAAAAAUUAGGUUCCCUCAAUCAAUAAGGAGAUAUGUUGACCAGGGAAUCAGUUAUUUGGGAAUUUCUCUAGUAGAGAAUUAAAAUUACCAGUAGCAAUUUAAUUUUCAGUACCAUUUGAUGGCAUAGGAUAACAUGAUUCUGUGUACUUGAUCUAAAUAAUUGUAAACCUGGAAUGGGCUCAUGUUUCUGAUUACUUUCUAAAUCCUUUUUGCAUCUUUGUUCAACAGAUUGAGAAGCAAAACGAAGAAGGCUGGUUUGCUCUUUCUACCCACGUGUCAUAAAUGAAGUUAGUUGUACAGUUUGUUCUUGGUAGCAUGUUCUUGAACUUCCACCCCCAUAUCCCUGCCCCUGCUUGCAAGUUUUCAUGUCCCUUUAGAUAAAACCUUCAAAGAUCUUGUGACUUAGUACUUAUGGAACAAAGAAUAAAGCAGUUAUUUCAGUUUG